UUACUCGGUCAUCUGUCCAAAUGGUUCACCAGCAAGUCCACACUGAGGAGUGGCUGUUCACCUGCUCAGACUGUGGGAAGGGAUUCACUAAGUCAUCUAAACUGAAGCUACAUCAGAGAGUUCACACUGGGGAGAGACCGUUUACCUGCUCGGACUGUGGAAAAGGAUUCACUGGCUCAUACCAACUGAAAGUACAUCAAAGAAUUCACACUGGAGAGAGGCCGUUCACCUGCUCAGACUGUGGGAAGGGAUUCACUUGCUCAUCUAAACUGAAGGUACAUCAGCGAGUUCACACUGGAGAGAGGCCAUUCACCUGCUCAGACUGUGGGAAAGGAUUCACUUGCUCAUCUAAACUGAAGGUCCAUCAGCAAGUUCACACUGGGGAGAAGCCAUUCACCUGCUCAGACUGUGGGAAGGGAUUCACUCUGUCAUCUAAACUGAAGGUACAUCAGCGAGUUCACACUGGAGAGAGGCCAUUCACCUGCUCAGACUGUGGGAAGGGAUUCACUCAGUCAUCCCACCUACAAGCACACAAGUCAGUACACACUGGGGAGAGGCCGUUUACCUGCUCAUACUGUGGGGAGGGAUUCACUUUCUCAUGGCAGCUACUGAGACACCAGUCUGUUCACACUGGGGCGUGGCCAUUCACCUGCUCAGUAUGUGGGAAGGGAUUCACUCAGUCAUCCACGCUAAUGGCUCACCAGCGAGUUCACACUGGGGAGCGGCCGUUCACCUGCUCCGUCUGUGGGAAGGGAUUCACUUGUUCAACUGACCUGAAGGUACAUCAGAGAGUUCACACUGGCGAACGGCCAUUCAGAUGCUCAGACUGUGGGAAGGGAUUCACUCGGUCAUCUCACCUAAUGGUGCAUCAGCGCGCUCACACAGGGGAGCGACCGUUCACCUGCUCAGACUGUGGGAAGAGAUUUACUCAUUCAUCCCACCUAUUGGCACACCAGCGAGUUCACACAGGGGAGCGGCCAUUCACCUGUUCAGACUGUGGUAAGGGAUUCACUCGGUCAUCUCAACUGAAGGUGCAUCAGCGAGUUCACACUGGAGAGAGGCCAUACACCUGCUCAGACUGUGGGAAAAGAUUCACUCAGUCAUCUCAAGUGAAGGUACAUCAGAGAGUUCACACUGAGGAACGACCGUUCACCUGCUUAGACUGUGGGAAGGGAUUCACUCUGUCAUCUAAACUGAAGGUACAUCAGCAAGUUCACACUGGGGAGAAGCCAUACACCUGCUCAGUCUGUGGGGAGGGAUUCACUUUGUCAUCGCAGCUACUGAGACACCAGUCUGUUCACACUAGCGAGAAGCCAUUCAACUGCUCAGUGUGUGGUAAGGGAUUCACUCAGUCAUCCACCCUAAUGGCUCACCAGAGAGUUCACACUGGGGAGCGGCCGUUCACCUGCUCGGACUGUAGGAAGGGAUUCACUUGUUCAACUGACCUGAAGGUCCAUCAGAGAGUUCACACUGGGGAACGGCGGUUCAGAUGCUCAGACUGUGGAAAGGGAUUCACUCGGUCAUCACACCUAAUGGUUCAUCAGCGAAUUCACACCGGGGAGAGGCCAUUCACCUGCUCAGAGUAUGGGAAAGGAUUCACUCAGUCACACCACCUACAAAAACACUGGUCAGUUCACACUGGGGAGAGGCCGUUCACAGACUCAAGCCUGAAUUAUACCUCUGUGUAGACGCUGCAGUGUAUCAUACACAGUAGCCCACACAAGUGGCCUAUGCCAUUGUGUGCAUUUUUACUUGUGAGUUCGUGUGUCUGUGUUGCUCUGGCAAAAUGCUAGUUGGCGUUGGGGUUCUAUGCUACUGUGUUGAAUUGACUUGUGGAGUUGGGAAUGAUGGUAACUGCUGAGUUCAUCUUGUUGGAUUUGGAGCUAAUAGAUGCUGAAUAAGAGUUAUUGAAAUCACUGCAGCGCAGAAAAGAGAGAAGUUUUUUCCAUUUCUUUGUGCAGUCCGUGACGUCCAAACUGAUGUUUGUGGAAACUUCUUUGCACAAAUUUCAUACCAUUUGCAAGUCUUUAUAAUAUACCAAUGAAGAGUCGUACAAAUGUAAAUAUUUUCUGACUUCCUGACUUAACCUCUCCUCGAUUUGGUCCAUUUUCCCAACUUUGAAGCAACAGGAAAUCUCUAGGAGGAAAUGUGCUGUUACCAAGCAGACCAAUCACAGUUCUCGCAGUCUGUGACACACAGUUACAUUUUCGUAAGGUGUGCUUUAGGCUACGGCGUACGGUAUGGCCUAGAGUGCCGUGUCGGGUACGCGGCUACGUGGAGCGUACGGUGAAGCAUAAUUCAGGCUUCAGUGUGUGGGAAGUGAUUCACUCCGACAUCUCAACUGCAGAGACACCAGUGAGUUCACACUGGGGAGAGGCCGAUCUCAUGCUCAGACGUUGGGAAGAUAUUCCCUCAGCAAAAUCAACUUAAUGUGCAUCAUUGAGUUCACACUGGGGAGAGACCGUUCACCUGCUGUGUAUUUCAGAAGCGAUUCACUCAGUAAUCUAACCCUGUGCAACUCUUACUUCGGCUAGCAGCUAAAUAUAGGGGGUGAUAUCCCCCAGCCCGGCCAAACUUAAGAAAUCUUGUUUGGGUGGAUGCUGUGUGACGUAUCCCCUGUUACAAAUCAGUACCCCCGCAGUAACAAACGAUACACAAUAUGUGAUUAAACGACUGAGAUGUACAAUUCUUACUUUGACUAGAUGGUUAGUGAAGUAAUGAAAAAGAAAGAAAAAGAGCCCACUCUCUCUUCUUCUCAUCUCUCCCCAGCAAAAGGCCAUGAAAAUCUCUCUACCAGACUCACAAGAAAGAACAUUUCUGUCAUUGGAUAGCCCCACACUCCAAAACCCUGUUAUCGCUAGUCGUACCCUAAACAUUGCUGCUGCAGGGAAGCCAUUAACUCAGCAGGGAAACAUUGCAGAGAGUCCACUGCAUCAGCAGUGAAACCUUACAGUGCAUUACACUUGUGACACACUACCGGGUUCACACUGGGGAGAAAGUUUCAAUGAGUUGCAUGCUGCAUAUUUGUCCAUCACCGUUGCUGAAUGCAAUUUUGAGAGUGGUUGUGUUAAGUACCCUGUAACUGGGUGUCUGACCAGCAAAGAUAGAAGAAUCCGUUGGAGUCUGGGGGUGGGGGGACAUGGGCAACUCUGCACCCUUCUGCCCAUCAGAGCUGUUCAUCCUUCGUAGCAGUUGUCGGUGCUGAACUCUGCAAUUAUUGCUGCUGCUCACCACACCCAGGUCUGCACCCUGGUCACUGGGCAUGG